CAAAAAUGGGAAGCUGCAGUGUGGAUAGGGAGAGGCUUGAGAUGUUCGAAGUUGGACCAUGCAAAGAUGCUUACGAAAUGGGUCUCUUAAUUGGCCAAAGAUUCUCAAAACUCAUAAGGAGUAGAGUGGCCACAGAUCUCAUUCUACAAAAUCAUCUCCGACCCUUUGCCCUUGGCCACACCCCUCAUUCAGAAUCACUUCUCAAAGCACUUUUUCAUGCCAACAAAACCAAAUUCCCAUCCUAUUGGGAUGAACUCUUGGGGACUGCAGCAGGAAGCGGUGUGCCACUUCUUGAUCAGAUUUUACUUAUCAACUUCAGGAAAGAGAUUCUGGCGUUUAUUCCAAAAGAAGGGGCAAAAGGGCCAACUAUGGAUACCUCGGAUGAUUGCUCCGAUGUUGUUGUUGUCGGUGAAUCUAUGGCUAUUGCUGCGCACAAUGAGGAUGCAAAUGUUGCUCUUGUCGGGCACACCUACUUAAUCAAAGGAAUCUUGCCGGAUGGAGUAUUCUUUGUUGGUUAUACUUAUGCUGGGGAGCUUCCAAGCUGUGCAUUUGGCUUCAACAGCCAUGGACUGGCAUUUACUCUGGAUUCUGUACCCCCCGCUGAAGAUGAAAUUGUGGCUGGUGGAAUUGGACGCAACUUCAUUUCUCGAGACCUUCUUGAAGCUGCAAGCAUGGAUGAUGCACUGAGUAGGAUCCAACGGUCAGAAGUUUCUGUGGGACAUUCUUACAACCUGAUAGAAACAAAGACCCGCAGGAUUUUUAACGUUGAAACUGCGUCCAGGAAUCGGAUUUCAAUUUAUGAGGUGGGGGAACAACCUUUCUUCCAUGCAAACAUGUACCUCCACCUUCCUAUUAACCAGGUACACGAUGAGAAUUCAAUGAGCAGGCAGAAAAGAGCAUCUGUUUUGACAAAAAAGUCGAAAGGAGAUUUCCUGUCACUUCUGGGAGAUAUGGAUGACAAACACUAUCCCAUCUACAUGACAGGUCCAUUACUUCACACCCUUUGUACUGCCCUUAUCGAUCUCGACGAACAGACAUUAUCAAUUAUUGAAGGGAAUCCAAAAAAGGGAGCUGUUUCACAUGUUUUCUCUAUCGCCCCUCAAAAGUCACCGUGAUUCUAAAGCAGCCAAAAAGUUCUUGGAAUUGCAAAACAACCUCUUACUGAAUGUUAUCACUCUAAACCAUCAGUUUCCAGACAAUCAUUUUGGGAUGUUUCGUGUCGAAUACUAAUUGAUCAACAUAUUGUCACUGGUUGGUUAGGCGGUGACAUUUUU